AUGAGGUCCAGGCUGGAGCAGGGUGCCCGCGGAAGUUGCCUUCAUCUGACUCACGGCGUCGGAAGCACUGCGACAGCGCGCAUCGACCCGGACGCAUCGCACUUGGGUCAUAUCGCAGCGCACGCGUCGACAAUGACGGUGACAGGCGUCACCGCCGGGAUGCGCGUAUCCCUCGCGCGCCCCGUCCAUCGGGGCGUCGACCGUCGACUCGGGCGGACGUCCGAUCACCGCGGGAGGAGCGCCCGUGCGAGCGUCAAACCGCUGCAUCCUCCUCCCCACGCGCGCGUCGACUUCCGGCGCCGCGUCGCCACCCGCGGCGCCGUGGAGACCGCCGUGUCCGAACCCGAGACGUCCACGUCUUCAUCCGCGGCGGCCGACGACGCUCCCGUCGAGCCAAAGCCCGCGGCGCCCGCGAACGGCUUGGAGGAUGGCUUCGUGGUGGUGAGCGCCGGUGACGGGACGGUGCUCAGGCGCCCGAAGGAUCCUCGCGCCAAGCGCGAGAAGGUGCGCGACGAGCGCAGCGAGACCGAGGCCUGGGAGCAGCUCGACAUGGAGCAGAAUUUCUGCGUGCUCAAGCGCCGCUACGAUCCGGAGGCCAUCCGAAAGGAGGCGCUCGAGACCCCCGUCGCCCUCGCCCGGCGGGGCGCCGUCGUCGUGUCAAAAUUCGCCGCGCUCUUCUCCCGCAAGGAGUCGCUCAUGAAACUCGACGCGGAGGACGGAGGCACGCGUUACGCCACCGAGCUCAAGAACACGCUCACGUCCCUCGGACCCCUGUUCGUCAAGCUCGGCCAGAACCUGGCGAACCGCCCGGACCUCGUGGAGGAGGAGGUGAUGGAGGAGCUGACCAAGCUGCAAGAUCGCGUGCCGCCGUUUCCAUCCGCCGAGGCGUUCAAGAUCAUGGAGGAGGACCUCGGGCGGCCCGUCGCCGAGGUGUUCAAGGUGAUCACGCCGGAGCCCGUCGCGGCGGCUUCCAUCGGGCAGGUGUACAAGGCGACGCUGAUGGACGGCACGGAGGUGGCGGUGAAGAUCCUCAGGCCGGGGACGCGGCCGCAGGUCAUCUUGGACCUGUGGAUCCUGCGAACCGCCGCGGAGCGCAUCUUCGACGACUGGUGCCGCGAGAACAUCGGAUGCACCGCCACCCUGCUCGUCGACGAGUUCGCCGAGAAGCUCCUGGAGGAGCUCGAUUUCGUCCAGGAGGCGAACAACCUGCGAGAUUUCAAGCGCAAUUUCGCCGAUGAUCCCUCGGUGCACAUCCCGGGCGUCUACGGCCAUCUGUCGUCCCCACGGGUUCUCGUGAUGGACUGGCAGGAGGGAACGAGGUGCACCGCGGAGGGCGCGUUCGAGGACGACGCCGCGCUGCGCAUUUUCCUCCAGAACGGCGUCGAGAGCGGGCUGCGUCAGCUCCUCGACUUUGGACUCUUCCACGGAGAUCCCCACCCGGGCAACGUCCUCGCGUUACCCAGCGGCGACAUUGCGUACGUGGACUUUGGUAACGUCGCGGAGAUUUCUCGAAACAACCAGGAGAACAUCAUCGACGCCGUGGUGCACGUGAUGAACGGGGACUACGAGGGCCUCGCGGAGUGCCUCGAGAACCUCGGUUUCCUGCAGGAGGGCACGGACGUCAAGCCAAUCGCGGAGGGACUGGCGCAGGCUUGGAGCGGGGAGAUGCUGGGCGAGAUGGCGGCGACUGGAAACUUCUCGUUCCGCGGGCUCACGCGGGAGUUCAACAAGCUGCUGUACCUGUACCCGAUCCGCGUCCCCGAGCGGUUCUCGCUCGUCAUCCGCGCGCUUCUCACGCAGGAGAACAUCUGUUUGACGCUGGAUCCCAACUUUAACUUUUUGGAGGCUGCGUUUCCUUACGUCGCCAGGCGCCUGCUGACGGACCCGGACCCGAACCUUCGGAUGCGACUGCUCAGGGUCGUCAUCGUCAAGGGGAGGUUCGAGUGGGAGAGGCUCGCGGAGCUGGUCAAGAUGGCGGAGAUUGGCGCGCAGGGCGGCGUGAGCCUGCCGGUAUCCACGAUGGUGGAGCUCGCGACUGACGGCGCCAAGAUGCUCGCCACCGACGGCGUCAUGCGGACGAUGCUGAUGGACGGCCUCAAGGCGGUCCCGAUGCGCGAACACGUCGCGCAGGCGUCCAAGAUGGCGCUGCUGGUGUGGCAGCUCACGAUCGGCCGGGCGUGGUCGACGUCGAGUCUCGGGCGGUGGCUGAGGGCGCGGCGGGUCGGGUUGGUGUACCGGCUCAAGCUCAUGUUCGCCACCACGACGAGCUCGGACAUCCGGACGAGGGCGAAGAUCCCGAAGAACCGGGGCGUGGGCGGGAGCUGGGACGAGUCCUCGCCGGUGUUGCCCGGGAACGAGGAUUGGAACGGCGUGGCGGCGGCGUGAGGUGUAUCAGUAGUCCAUUUUCCCAGCGUUCCCAGCGAGGCGAAAGUCUGUUCCUUUUAACCGAUGUAUCAAGAAUUUUCAUCAGAAAACA